AUGAAGUUCUCCACCACUCUGAUUGCCCUCGUUGCUGCCGGCCUCGCCAGCGCCCAGCUGCCCAAUGUGCCCGCUUGCUCACUGAGCUGCUUCCUCUCUGCUCUGCAGAGCGAUGGUUGCUCUGAGCUGCUCGACUUCGCCUGCCACUGCCAGAAGACCGAGCUCGUUAGCAGCAUCACCCCCUGCGUUGAGAAGGCCUGCGAAUACAAGGACCAAGUCUCUGUCUCCAACGCCGUCGUUGACCAGUGCUCCUCCGCCGGCCACCCCAUCUCGAUCCCUCCCAUCGAGACCAGCGCUUCCUCCAGCGCCAGCGCCUCGAGCUCCGUUCCCGCUGAGACCACUGCCACUCCCACUGAGUCCGCCAGCGAGAGCUCCAGCGCUGUUGAGUCCACCUCCGCUGUUGAGACUGGCAGCACCACCACUGGUACCACCGCCACUGGAUCCAAGCCUGUCGGCUCCUCCUCCGGUGCUGCCACCUCCACCCCGCUGGUGAGCAAGACCGGUUCGGCUAGCCCCUCUGCCUCGUCGCCCGCUUUCAACGGUGCUGCCAAUGUCAAGGGCAACCUGGCUGGUGUUGCUGCUCUCGCCGCUGCUGCCGCUUACGUCCUGUAA